UGGGCCCGGGCCAUUACUUCAUUUGAGGAGGUUGGGGUCGUAGGGGUAUUUCGGGAAAACUGUAUAUGUAUUGGCCUAAGCCACGUGCUAACCCUUUUUCCCAAAUUGAACCGAACGUCGAUGUCUUCAAACUGAACGUCAACCCCCAGCUUCUUCCUCAUAAUUGUUUAACUCCUCUUCCAGUUUUCUUUGUCCCUUCCAGCCUUCUCUCUUCCUACUCAAUUUAUGUGCUUGGUUGUAUAGUUAUAAGGCCUUGGUGCAACUCUAAAUGUGGCUAAACUAACAAAAGGAUCAAGUGUGGCCAUAUUUGGACUUGGAGCUGUGUUGCCGCAGAAGGAGCAAGAAUUGUUGGUGCUUCAAGGAUAAUUGGUGUUGAUUUAAUUCCUAGCAGAUUUGAUUUAGUAUUGAUAGCUUUAGGUGAGCAAAAUGACCUUUAAGCAAGUCAAAGUUCAAAUCCUUGACUCUACAUCAGCUGAUCAGCUAGUGGGCAACUUUUUGGUUCUUCAUGAAGAUGAGUUAGGGUUAAAAUGUGUUUGAAUAAUUCAGAUAAGCGUGGAUUUGACCACACCUAGGGUGAGCUAUGUCCAAAGAGUUACGGUUGUGAAGAAGUUACCAGGGGAUAUCUCUUUCUUAUCUACUUCUGCCAUUCCCCUUAGUUGCACGCAUGUACAAUUACUUGCAUCUUUCUCUUGGUGCAGUAAAGAAUCCUUUUCGAUGUUUCACAGAUUAGGGUAGAUAUGGAGACUUCAGAGAUGGAACCGGUUCAGAUUAACAAUGCACCGAGGAGACCUCGCAUUCUGCUUGCAGCAAGUGGAAGUGUGGCUGCUAUCAAGUUUGCCAGUCUAUGCCGUUCCUUUACUGAUUGGGCUGAAGUUAAAGCGGUUGCUACAAAAGCUUCUCUUCAUUUCAUAGACAAAGCUUCACUUCCGGAAGAUGUCAUUCUUUAUACUGAUGAGGAUGAAUGGUCAACUUGGACGAAGAUAGGUGACAGUGUGCUACACAUCGAGCUCCGGAGGUGGGCUGAUAUUAUGAUUAUUGCCCCUUUGUCAGCAAAUACACUUGGGAAGAUUGCUGGUGGACUAUGUGAUAACUUGUUAACCUGCAUCGUACGAGCAUGGGACUACGAUAAACCCCUUUUCGUGGCACCAGCAAUGAAUACAUUGAUGUGGAAUAAUCCAUUCACAGAAAAGCACCUUAUGGCAAUUGAUGAGCUUGGGAUCUCUCUCAUACCACCAGUAUCAAAGAGACUAGCCUGUGGAGAUUACGGGAAUGGAGCAAUGGCUGAACCGUCUCUGAUCUUCCAAGCUGUAAGACUCUAUUAUGACGCACAAUUACGAUCAGGUGGCAGCAACGUGGCGUGAUCCACAGGUCAUGAAAUUUCAUUCAUCGGUUUGUACAAGUGAUAGAAGUUGUUGAAAUUCAGGACCAGGAGCCCAGCUGUGUUAUUUUUCUCCUAAAUUCUUCACCUCCCUAGUAUCUUUCUUGUGUCCUAGAGCUACUUUCAAUCAAGGUUCAUGUUCAUUUUAGUCGAUAAAAUGAGAAUAUCACGUAACUGCUGUUACUAAUGGAUGUGAUCAUGAUCAUGAACAUGAAAAAACAAAUGUGUGUAAUGGGGAAAAUUGAUGCAGCUGUUAUUUGGCUAUA